AUGCGAAGGAAGAGGAAGAUGAAGAAACUAGAUUGUUUGGGCUCGAUUAGAGAUUUGAAACCACCGAUGAUGAUGAAGAGGAGGAGCAGGGGGAAGUUGGAUGGAUCGAAGGCGGUCGGAUCGAGUCCGGUGAAGAGGAUCAGGGUCUUCUUCACCGAUCCUGACGCCACCGACAGUGACGACGGCGACGAGGCUUUGAUCGACAAGAGCAAGCGAGUGGUCUGCGAGAUCCACGUGGACCCGAUCGGUAAAACCCUUAAAACCCUGGCGGAUCCGGAGAGGAAGAAGAAGGAGGCGGUGACGAGACUGGCCGCGCCAUCGCCCGCCGCGGCUGGCAGAUACAAGGGCGUCCGGCAGCGGCGAUGGGGGAAGUGGGCGGCCGAGAUCCGGGACCCCAUCCGCGGCGCCCGCCUCUGGCUCGGCACCUUCGCCACCGCGGAGGAGGCGGCCGCCGCGUACCGUGCGGCCGCGUCCCGGCUCGAGGAGGAGAAGCGCUGCCUCCGGCGCCCCGCUCCCGCUCCCGCUCCUGCCUCCGCCGCAGAGGACUCCGCUUCCUCCUGGGCCUCCGCCCCGUCUUCUUCCUCUCUUCUCGCCCCGCCGGCGGCGCAGGAGACGGAGGAGGAGGAGAGGUCCAUCGCAGAACUCUUCGCAGAGGUACCAGCGGAGGUGGACUUCGUCGGCCUCGACGGGGAUGCGCCGUUCUUCGUGGGCGAGGUCGGCGACGACUUCGGCUUGGAUGAUCUCUUGCUCUGGGAUCAGCCAUUGGACGGUAGAGAUUUCUCCUUCAUCGAGAUCUAA